GAAAGGCAAGGAAUAGAUCUCUAGAAACCUCCUCUAAACCACUAAUUUAGAUACUCUCUCUCUCCUCCGCCAAACUUCCCUUACACGUGUCAAUCAAUCACUUUCUCUCUCUAAUACUCGAAUACAAUCACACAAACUUCCAGUUUUUCUGUUUCUUUCUCUCUCUUAUUUUCUGCCUGACGUUUGUCGGAACAACUUGUUCUUGUGCUUAAUUAGGUUUCGUUUCUGCAAUUUGCGCCAUUUUUUCUGGUUCUCAAUUUUCUGCUGCAAUUUCUUUGAUCUGUGGUUGAAUUUGGAGUAAUGGCGAAUUUGUUUUGAGCUGAUUGUCAAGAGAAUGAGUUAAGCUUUCAUAUUCUGAAGAUGUUUGAUUGGGACGACCAAGAGCUUGCAAAUAUUAUAUGGGGUGAAGGUAGGGAAGCUGAUGAUCACAUUGUGCCUUAUCCAGAAGAUAUUGAGAAAAAAGCUUUGUCAGAUUCUGGUGAUAAUGACCAAAAAACAUUGAUUGAGAAGAAUUCUAAAAGUGAGGGUGUUGAAAAAAACGCAUCUACCUCUAAGUUGUUUAUAGACGGAUGUAAAAGAGAUAAGAAUGAUGGUUUGUCUGCUUCAGGAGAUGUUGUGGAUUCUCAACUCGACUUGCCUUCAUUCAGUGCUUCAAAAUCUGAUGACAGUGGUAUAGUUGGAGCUAAGAAUAUUCAGCUAGGUGGUGUUCCUCAAAGCUCCCAAAUUCAUCACGAGGACAAAGAGCUUGGUGAUCUUGUAGGCAACAGUUGGGCAAGCAUUGGGAGUUUUGAUGAUCUUGAUAGGAUAUUCAGCAACGAUGACAUAGAUGGAAGCACAAGUCUUGGAAGCACAGAUGAACUAUGGCCAUCACCUAAGGGUCUCUUUAGUGGGGCAGCUAAAUCCUCAUCUGCAGCUCUACGCUCGACACAUUGGGAAUUCGGGGCAUUAGGAAGUGCCUCUACUAAUAUUGAAAUAAAUUCAGAAUAUUUGCACAAUGAAGACUCCUCUGUAACAACUGGCUGCCAAAAGGCCGGCAGCAUCUCACCUUGCCCUCGACGAACCAUCGACGGACAUGUGGAACAUAAAGAUUAUGCUGUGGAUACUUCUGGCUUGGUUGAGGAAAAGAUAGGUUUGGGCAUCAAUCUAAAGACACCAAUUGACUCUCAUACUGCUGCUGAAAAUAUUGCAUCUCCAAACAAGCCCACAGUGAAGGAAAAAUGGUCUGAAACUCAGUCAAAAUAUGAGCUGGCAACUGAUAGAUUAACUGAUUCCAGACUACUGCAGGAUGUAUAUGACAAUUGGCCAUCAUCUGCAACAAAUGCUCCACAGUUCAGGCGCCAAUGUGCUCCAAGUACAGUAGAAAAUCAUUCGGCCUCAGUCCCUGUUCAACAUCAGUUUUCCCAGGAAUUUAGGCCUUUUUCAUACCAAAAUUUCUCAACCCCAUAUGGUGCUCCUUAUGCUUGUGGGAAUUUCAGCAGUCAUCCAGCCUUGCGCAUGCUGAAACAUACAGAAGAUGAAAAUCAGUCUAUUCUGUCAAGUUCUGAAGUAAGUCCUAGAGAUGUAAUUAACAAACCUGUUCAGAGUCUUGGGACUACAACAAAACACACGAAAAUGACACCCCAAGAGAAGAUUGAAAAACUGAGGCGGCGUCAGCAAAUGCGAGCAAUGCUUGCUAUACAGAAACAACAGCAGCGGUUAGGUCAACAAGCUUCAAGUGGGGAUUACUCCCGAUCUAAUAAGAGCUGCCUAGAGGAUCCUGUCCGUCAUAUGGAAAACUCUGACCUUGAAGUCGAUGAUAUCUUAAACAUUGUACCAUGCUAUGAUCCUGGUUCCCCAAACAAAGGGGAUGAUUCUAGUAUGAUUUCCAACGUCGACGACUAUUCAGCAGAGGACACAGUUCUCUACCAACUUCAUGAUGUUGUAUCAAGAUUGGAUAUGAAGAUAAGGUUGUGUAUAAGAGAUAGCUUAUAUCGAUUGGCUCAUAGUGCAACACAAAGACUCUGUGCUAGUGAUACUAGCUGUAAAAAGAGCAGUACUUUUGAGCCUGAUAUUGCGAAGGAAGAGACAAGCAAUCAUGACAGAUUUGUUGGAAAUGCAAAUGUGGAGACUGAGACCAACCAUAUUGACCGAGCUGUGGCUCACUUGCUCUUUCAUCGGCCUCUCAAGCUUUCAAGCAGGUAUGCUGAGACACCAGAGUCAUCCACGUCAACAAAAGUCUCAACUGAACCAGAACCACCUGCUCCAAGCAGCCAGCCAAUUGGUUUGUUGCCCAAGAACUCUGAAAAUGAAUAUAUUCUCUCUCCACGUGGAUCCAAAAGUCUUCAUGACUUUGUGGAUUCCAAUGAGGGAUAUGUCUCUAAUGACGUUUCUCUAAACGAGAUGAGCAUCAAUCCACAAAUAAAACAAACAACAGCAGAGCAUGCAGACUGAACUUUGUUGGCGAUUUAAUCAGGAUGAUAAGGCCAACUUGGUCAUUGCAAGGCGCAUGUCAUGGAGGUUAUAAAUUCUUUGCUGCUGACAGACCCAUCUGUCUAAGUAACUUAAGCCAGUAUAUCUACCUAGUCAUCUCUAUCUUUCAAAACAUCAUUAUUGCCGAUGAUUGCUUGUGGGCAUUGCUAUGUUUCAAAUGAAGCUACCUGACUUCAUGGUAGUAAGUCCACGUUCCGUCUUGGUAAUGAUAUGUAUGAUUUAUAUAGAUUGUUGAUACCUAAUAAAUUAGUUAAACUGCCCAGGUGGAUUUUUCAGUA